GGUGUAGUAUAUAAGUAAGCGCACUACUACCACGCUGACAUAGUUCAGAGGAAACACGUGCUUCACUGCCACAAAAAUAACAAAAAAAAAAAGAACAAUGAAAGUACUGGUUGUGUUGUCAGCUGUCCUGGCGCUUGCCGCUGCUCUUCCACAGAGAAGAGUUUCAUUAAAGCCCGAAGCAUCGAACGACCAGCAGGCUGCUGAACAAAACUAUAACAACUACCAACAAGACUACAGACAGGCCCAACCCAUAGAUGACUUAAGACCCAAGGUUGUCCUUGAGUCUAGUACUUACAUUCCCAUCAUCCGUUUUGAUAAAGAGCAAGGCACCGAUGGCAGUUACAGAACAGCAUAUGAAACUGGUAAUGACAUCCAAGCUGAAGAGCAAGGUUUCUUGAAGUCUCUCGGUGAAAAUCAGGACAUACCGGCCUUAGUCCAACAAGGUUCAUACUCGUACAUUGCCCCUAACGGUGAAAAAAUCAAUGUUGAAUAUACCGCUGAUGAGUUCGGCUUCAGAGUCAAGGGCGACCAUAUCCCAACUCCACCUCCAGUCUCACCUGAAAUCCAAAAGGGACUUGACCUGAUCUACGCUGGUAUUAAAGCUAACCAGGAGCGCGUUGCAUUGGAAGCUAAGAACAACCCUGAAGCAACCAAGCUUAACGAAGAGAGAGCUAUUCUUGACUACAAAGGUCUUUACUACGGAAACUAAAUAACCAUAAGAAUAUUUACAGUGAAAUCAGUGACAUUCCUACAACAACUAAUAGUGUUAGAUGGUUAAGUGACUGAUUCUCUGCAAGUGCUCUGGGAGCAAAAUCAUAGUCAUUUGUUUUUAGUAGAAAUAAUGUGAAACAAAAACAAACAGAAAUAUUCAUUAAUAUACUUAUAAGUCUAUAGUGUCAUAUUAUAUUGGAAGUCUUUAAUGUUGCCAUUUUUAUGGCUUUCAGAAGCUUUAAUUUAGACCAGUUUCAUUGUUAAAAUUAAAAAUAUCUUUUAUAUUUUACAUGAUGACUCUUCUCACAAUAGUGCUGAAUUUUCCAUACUAGAGGCUGGUUUUUGUUCAAAUGUUAUUUACUAAACAAAAACUGGAAAAACUGAAAGUUUCUUUUGUCUGGACUGUUCUAUCUUUUUUGUACAUAUAUUUUUACCUGUAACUUAACAUUAAUUUUGGUUUAAUAAUAAUAAAAUGUGAAAUAUCUAAUUA